ACGUAUCGAACCAUACGUCUAAAGUCGAACAAACAAAGGGACUUCCUUCAAGGUUUCACGCUUUGUUGUUUGGUUAUCAAUUUCUUUCUUUUACUUGUACUUCAACAUGCCACCUCGUGCACCACCAGGACAGACUCGUGAAGGCGGUGGAGGCGGCGGCGGCGGCGGCAGAGGUGGUCGUGGCGGUGGUCGCGGCGGCCCUCGCGGUGGACCACCUCCUCGCGGCGGCCCAGCUAGAGGAGGAGCAGUUCAUGCUCCCACUGGUCCCGCCGCUCUGCCUGGAAGCCAUGUUCAGGCCGUGGGGGUAAAACGACCUGGAUAUGGAACGGCAGGCAGAGCAGUGACCGUAUAUUCCAAUUUCUUCAAGAUUAGUCUCCCAGAAAGUGUUAUCCAUCACUACGACGUGAUCUCGCCUGAUGAGAAGGCACUUCCAGCGCGCCUGAACAUGGACUUGAUUCAUCACCUUCAAACCAUCGAUGCCGUCGAUGUUUUUACCCCUCGGGCCGUUUACGAUGGGCGAAAGAACCUCUUUGCCCCCAGGGAGCUGCCUUUUGGUCCGCAGAAUAGUCAAGAGUUUGAUGUUUGCCUCUCUGAUGAUCCUAAUCGCGGAAGCCCCGGGGAGAACACGGGAGGCCGCGGCCCUAAAGUGUAUAAAAUCAAACUGACGAAAGUUGCACAAAUCAACCCUGAGGUCCUGCAACGCUUUAUUCUAGGACAGCAAUCACAUGACAACAGUGUUUUGACCGCAUUGACAGCAUUGAAUGUUGUCGUCCGAAUGGAACCAACAAUGAAGUAUCCCUUUAAUGUUCGGUCUUUCUUCACCGAUCGGGAGACUAAGGAUAUCGGUUCCGGCCUUGUGUUAUGGCGCGGAUACUUCCAGUCAGUGAGACCCGCAAUCGGGCAGCUCCUCGUCAACGUCGAUAUCUCGACUGGAACGAUGUAUAAGUCUGGAGCACUGAUGGAUAUCUGUCUCGAGUUCCUAGGUAGACCUGGGCAACACGCGUUGCUUAGCCCGCGAAGUGGCUUGCCCGAUCGUGAGCGAAUUCGUUUGCAACGUUUUAUUUCAGGCAUCCGGGUCAAAACAACAUACGCCGGUGAAAACAGGACCCCUCGCGUCGUCAAGAAAUUGAGCAGCGCAGGGGCUGCGGAUUUGAGUUUCACAUUGCGGGAUGGAACUAGUAGGACUGUGGCGCAGUAUUUCCAGACGAUCCUGAACCGUCCAUUGAGGUUCCCGAACAAUCUUUGCAUUGAGGUUGGCAGCGGUGCCUUGAUCCCUCUGGAACUAUGCACGGUUCCACCAGGUCAAAUCAUGCGGAAGCAGGUUCCCCCCGAGAAAACGAAGGACGUUCUGGAAUUUGCUACAAAGCGACCUGAGCACCGCCUCGCUAGUAUCACAAAUGGUCUUUCGGUCCUUCAAUACGGCCAGUCGGAAUACGUGCGCCAGUUCGGCAUGCACGUCGAAGAUACUACUGGACCGCUUACAGUAACAGCGCGUGUCUUGCAACCGCCAAAAUUGAAGUACGGCCAGGGCAGCGCGCAGCCGACCAUUACACCAAGUAACGGCUCAUGGAAUAUGAUAGACAAACGAUUCUUCAGACCUGCAUCUAUUGACAGGUGGAUCGUGGUAGUCUAUGAGAGGCAGCAGCGGUUCAAUCCACAAGCUGCACAAGACAUGAUCGAUGGCAUGCUAAGGAGUUUCAGAGACGUCGGUAUCCGUAUCACCGACGAUAAGCCGAUGGUAACUUGGCAAAACGGCCAAGGCCGGAUUGCGGACCAACUGCGUGCCGCUGGCACUGAGUGUUUCCAAAGGACGAAACAGCGCCCACAGCUCAUCGUUGUAGUUCUUCCCGAGAAUGGUAAUGAUAUUUAUACUGCAGUUAAACACUUUGGGGACAUUACAGUUGGUGUUGCGACCCAGUGUUUAAAGAGUCAGAAGUGUUUCCGCGCAAAACCUCAAUAUUACGCGAACGUCUGCCUCAAGGUUAAUGUCAAACUAGGUGGUAUCAACACCAUCCCCGACCCCCAGUCGGUCUCGGUUCUCACCGACCCUCGUAACCCUACCAUCGUUAUGGGUGCCGACGUGAUUCAUCCUGCGCCUGGUUCUGAUGGCCGUCCUUCAUUCACGGCACUCGUCGGUAAUGUCGACUCCGAUACCGCCAAAUACAUUGCCACAAGCCGUGUUCAAGCUUCUCGUGUCGAGAUUAUCGAAGAUCUUCAGGACAUGACGAAGCACGUCCUGAGUAUGUAUAUGAAGUAUCGCCAGUUCGCGGAGAAGAAGACGGGGAAUCUUGCCCCUGCGCGUCUCAUCUUCUACAGAGAUGGUGUUUCUGAAGGGCAAUUCAAGCAAGUUCUCGAUUCCGAACUUAAGUCGAUCAAAGAUGCUUGCGCUGAGUUGAAGAUAAACCCGAAGAUCACAAUCAUCGUGGUCGCGAAGCGUCACCAUGUUCGCUUUUUCCCCAGUGGCUCCGGACCAAAUGAACAGGAUAAGAGCGGAAAUUGCCUGGCAGGCACUGUAGUCGACCAGGUCGUUGCUCACCCUACGGAAUUCGACUGGUAUCUGCAGAGCCAUGGCGGUCUGCUCGGCACGAGUCGCCCCGCGCACUACAAUGUUCUCUACGAUGAGAACGAAUUCAGUGCCGAUGGUCUUCAAUCUCUGUCUUUCGCUCUGUGCCAUGUGUAUGCACGGUCAACCCGAUCUGUUUCAAUACCCGCCCCCGUAUACUAUGCCGAUAUCGUCUGUUCCCGCGCCAAGAACCACUACGACCCUCAAGGGAACGUUGAUUUCUCCGAUUCUGCCACUCAACUCGACUCAGCUCAGGCCGAGGGUGCCUUGGAAGCGUACAAACGUGGAUUCAAGCCUUUACAUGCCAACAUGGCAAGUUUGAUGUACUUCUCUUGAACAAUGUUACUCUACCCGCUUAACUACCUCAAAGCAAAAGACCGUUAGUUUGCUCGUACCAUCUUUUUUCUCCUUUCUGUUGUCCCGUUUAAUCCAGUUCCUCCAGUCUCAUGACCUCGCACCACUCUGUAAAAAAAAAUACGUACCAUUGCACGAAUACCAUCAGCCACCCGCAUUGCUUGACGUACUAUGUUCGGACUGAUGACUGCGAAAUAUAAUGCU